GGGCGCUGUCGGCAGGCAAGCAGGAGCCCAGAGCCAGGAGCUCAGUAGGGAACACGUUGGAGGCUCAGAUCAUUGGGGGUCAUGAGGCUGUCCCCCACUCACGCCCAUACAUGGCCUCGCUGCAGCAAGCUGGCUCACACGUGUGCGGGGGUGUCCUCGUGCACCGCCAGUGGGUGCUGACAGCUGCCCACUGCCUGGCCGAGCCGACAGAACUGCUGAGGCUGGUGCUGGGCCUGCACCACCUCCACGACCGCCACCUCGCCUUCCGCAUCAGGAGGGCCAUCCCGCACCCCAACUACAAGCCAGCCCCAGACCUGGAGAAUGACCUUGCGCUGCUUAAGCUGGAUGGGAAGGUGAGGCCCAGCAGGACCAUCCAGCCCUUGGCCCUGCCUAAAAGGCACCAGGCCGUGGUGGCGGGAGCCCGGUGCAGCGUGGCUGGCUGGGGGCUGACCCACCAGGGUGGGCAGCCGGCCCAGGCCCUGCAAGAGCUGGACGUCCGCGUGCUGGAUGCCAGGAUGUGCAAUAACAGUCGUUUCUGGCACGGCAGCAUUACCCGCCACAUGGUCUGCCUGGCUGCCGACUCCAACAACCAAGCCCCCUGCAAGGGUGACUCAGGUGGGCCCCUUGUGUGUGGCAAAGGCCGACUGGCUGGGAUCCUGUCCUUCAGCUCCAAGACCUGCACUGAUGUCUUCAGGCCUCCCGUGGCCACAGCUGUGGCCCCCUACGUGUCCUGGAUCCAGAAGAUCAUUGGCCGCUGA